AUGGCAUCAGCAACGACCCAACAAAAUACCUUCCAUGCAUUUCCAAGAUUGCCCCUCGAGCUUCGUCUUGAAAUAUGGAGAUUAUCGUUCCCUGGACCCCGGUUGAUCCGCAUCUUUUUUAUCGAGGGUCAUUUCAUGAGCAAUGCAACCGUUCCUCCUGGUCUUCACGUCUGCAAAGAAUCACGAAAUGAGACUCUGAGAUUCUACAAGCUUUGCUUUGCUGCGGACCCUUCGAACGCCCGUAUAUACUUCAACGUUGACUGCGAUGUUCCACACCUUAUCGCUGAUCAUUUGGAUUCAUACUUUUAUAAUAUACACAAUUUCAGUAGCCCUUUCCCGAAAUUUACUCAUGCCGCUAUCAGAAACGAUUUAAAAACAGUUUGCUUAGAAAAUUGUAGGCAUGUUGCCCUUGAAUACGAAGGUGUUCCCAUGCACUUAUUUGGGCCAAAUUGCCAGGUGUUUGACUUCCAUGGAUUUUACUUUCGUACGCAAAUUUUUUAUUACGGCGAGCCUCCGCAACAGAUCUUGCGCCAACGGAUUGGAGAAAUAUUUGGCACUUCAAAAUUCACACACGUUAAUAGCUAUGCGCCAACUUGUCCUAUUGGCUGGGCAUUAGACCCUUCCCCUCAACCACCAGAUUCUUUUGCUCCCCUCAUUGAACAAGUUUGGGCCGCGGAUUUCCAUGGAUUCAAUGACAUUGUCUGGCAGUUUAUUGAACAGAAGGUCAACACGACUUGUGACGAAGAACGAAAGUCUUGA